AUGAGCUACUUGCAAAACGAAAUCAGGGUGGUGUUCACAGGGCCGUCGAACAGGUUCUUUGUGGCCUACAAGCCAUACGGAUGGUUCCUGACCACGCCGUUUGACCCCCGUUUGGGGGAAGCCGUGAUGGCUCCGGUGCUAGCCGCCAAGCUGGGAGUACCCGCGAAGAACAUAUCCUUCCCCGGCAAGCUCGCAGCGCGCGAGAGCGGCCUGAUAAUCGGCUGCACUGACAGCGCCAUGCACAAUAAGAUCGCGGCAACGUUGAAAAGCGGGCAGUGCUCCAUGUCCUACCAGUGCAUAGUCCAUGCAAACCGGGCGGCGAACGGGGCCCUCGUCCGGCGUUCACCGUUUAGCCAUGCCUUUGCGUGCUACAACCACCGUGAAGGCGUGUCAUCGGGCGUGGCCCGCUUCGACGUCAGGACGCAGGCAAAGGUGGAACCGCUGAAACGCCUCUCCGCCCUCCCCGACGAACGCUUACGGAGCGUCCUAUCGCAAUUCCUCGCACGAUCGCGCGUUGUAUCAGCCCACGACGUCUCUGUGAAGCGCAGUGGCGUAACGGAAUGCGCGGAGCGUAUAUCUGAUGAAGGGGAACCUGGACUCGACGAUACGGGUAGUUGCAAACACCAUUGCGCUCCGUCGGAUGACGUCGACUCCAGCAGCACUAAUGCUUCAACCCAUCAAGACAGUGGCGCCUGUUCCGCAAACACGGCUGAUGAACGCGUUGCGGUAACUGAUGACAAGAGUCCUACAACCGACUCUAGGCAAAACGGAGGGUACAGUUUCGCCUACAUCAUGGAGAACCUGCGGGACUACCUCGAGCGGACUGCUGAGUACGGCACAGCGGUGCAGAGUGGACGCGUUGCAGAUGGCAAACAGGCAUUUCGUGACAACAAAGCGCGACGGAGCGCCCUAUCGCAAUUCAGGCACGUGGAAAUAGUCACCAGCAGCCACCUGGUCAACCGGCACAUGGUGGAGGUGCUAUCCUCGAUGGGACUGGUGGUGCUGACAGGUUCGCCUCAUCAAAAUACAACUAAAAUUAGGGCGACGGUUGAAUCAGCAUGCCUUGAGUUGUGCGCACUGCAGUUCCCUCACCCCAUAUACAGGGACAGGGUCGUCGAGGCACGGCUGCACGAAGCAGACCCCGUGGUACCCGAGGAAUGGGUCAGAAUCGCGCUCACUUCUUCUUCUGGCGCUCCAUGA